AGGCGGAGAGGCUCGAGCUCGCCGUGUUUAUUGGCGGCGGUCGUAGUAGAAACUGAGCUCGGCUCGCAGGACCGAGAGAGAAGAGAGAAAUCCGUCAUUUAAAACAAAAAAUAAAUAAAUCCAGCAGUUGUAUACAAUGGGAAAUUGCCAUACGGUCGGUCCCAAUGAAGCGUUGGUCGUUUCAGGUGGUUGCUGUGGUUCUGAUGAGAAAACGUAUAUGGUGGGGGGCUGGGCUUGGGCCUGGUGGUUUAUUUCAGACACACAAAGAGUGACUCUGGAGGUUAUGACCAUCCUCUGUCGCUGCGAGAAUAUCGAAACAUCGGAGGGUGUCCCCUUGGAUGUGACAGGGGUCGCUCAGGUAAAAAUAAUGACAGAAAACGAACUGCUGGCAGUAGCCUGUGAGCAGUUUCUGGGAAAAUCUGUCCAGGAAAUUAAAAACGUUGUUUUGCAGACCUUGGAGGGCCAUUUGCGUUCCAUCUUGGGUACUCUGACGGUGGAGCAGAUUUACCAGGACCGGGAUCAGUUUGCCAAGCUGGUGCGGGAGGUGGCAGCCCCCGACGUGGGGCGAAUGGGCAUCGAGAUCCUCAGCUUUACCAUCAAGGAUGUGUACGACAAGGUGGAGUACCUGAGCUCCCUGGGGAAGACUCAGACGGCUGCCGUCCAGAGAGACGCGGACAUCGGAGUGGCGGAAGCUGAGAGGGAUGCCGGAAUAAGGGAAGCCGAUUGCAAGAAGGAGAUGAUGGACAUCAAGUUCCAGGCUGACACUAAAAUGGCCGAUUCGAAGCGAGAACUGGAAAUGCAGAAAGCUGCUUUCAACCAGGAAGUCAACACAAAGAAAGCAGAGGCCCAGCUGGCCUACGAGCUGCAGGCCGCCAAGGAGCAGCAGCAGAUCCGGCAGGAGGAGAUCGAGAUCGAGGUGGUGCAGCGCAAGAAGCAGAUCACCAUCGAGGAGAAGGAGGUAGCCAGGAUGGACAAGGAGCUCAUCGGCACCGUCAAGAGGCCGGCCGAGGCUGAGGCUUACAAGAUGCAGCAGCUGGCUGAAGGACAGAAAAUCAAAAGGGUGCUCACGGCUCAGGCCGAGGCAGAAAAGAUCCGGAAGAUAGGAGAGGCAGAAGCCGGCUCCAUUGAGGCCAUAGGUAAAGCCGAGGCUGAGAAGAUGAGGCUGAAGGCUGAAGCCUAUCAGCAGUAUGGAGAGGCUGCCAAGACCGCCCUCGUCCUGGAGGCACUUCCUAAGAUCGCUGGAAAAGUGGCUGCCCCCCUGGCCAAGACGAACGAGAUAGUCAUCCUCAGUGGAGACGGCAGCCGGGUGACGGGCGAGGUGACCCGCCUGCUGGCGGAGCUCCCCGUCUCGGUCAACGCGCUGACCGGCGUGGACUUGACCAAGAUUCCCUUACUCCAGAAAAUAACCAAUCCACAAGCAUGAAAACCGAGCCCUCGUAUCUCCUCAAACAUGUCUGUUUUAUGCACUCUCUCACAUCGACUGCCUUCAAAACACUUGAAAAUUGAGUCUUUUCUACAGACAAGUGAAUUUUUUUUUUUCAAACCUCUGGUGCCUUAUUUUAUAGGACCAGAACGUAUGCAUGAAACACUUCUCCUUUUAACUUUACUUUUCUUAAAUUUAGAUUGUUUAAUGGGGUUUUAAGACCAAUUUUAAAAAGCUAUAUGAAGCGGGUAUCGGAAAAUAUCCUCACUCGUCAGUCUUCUGUUUCCUUACAGUAACAGGCCUCGAGCUGUAAAGGCGUCUGUGCUGAGCGUGUCUCUGCCGCUGUUAAGGUUAAGGAGGCCCUGUGUUCUGUAAUGAGUACAGGGGCUGUAUCGAAUACUUUCUUUCUCCCCCUCCAGUCAUGCCUCUGAUUUGUCAAAUGUAACAAUUUAAAGUAUGCCACCAACUUUCUUACCUAGAUUUCUAAAAAAGUGAUCCAAAGUCAUUUUUUCUAAGACGUAUAAUUUUUAUUUCCCAGACGAAAAGCCAUUGGAUCCCAGCACUCUGCCUGUCCGUUUUAAGAUAAUUGGUAUUUGUGAAGAAUACUUGCAACAGAAAUUAUAUGGUCAUUUCAUCUUUGCACCACAGUAGAUGUUGCACAGUUGAUGGGCUGAGUCACUGCUACAGUGAGCUGUGGUGAAUUUGGUCUAAUCAAAGUUGUUUUUGUAUCCUUGAUCUCAGGCUGUAGCCCACACAAGCUCCUACUGGUUGUGUUCCCAAACGGAAGACAUGACCAUAACGCUGUGCUAUGCCAAGUAGUUUUGAUGUUCACAAUGAGAGGUUUGUACUAGUUAGACUGUGGAAGGUGAGGUGCUGAAACUCUUCAUCAUCCAGUAUGUGGAUGCAAAAAAGAACAGAUCCAUGCUUUUAAAUUCUCCCAAGUUGUACUUUGCCCAACAGCAGAGAAUGUAGAUGAAGACAAUGUCUCAGUGAACACGGAUUCAUAUCAUGGUUGUCGGAAUAAUCUGUGGAAGCAUUUGGGAAUUUCCAGGGGAGCACAUGUGUUGCCUAUUGUAUGUUGUAGGUCUGGGCUAUUGAUUGAUUGAUUCCCUGUGUUGUUUUACCCAGUGUAUCAUUGUUGAGUAAUCCAGCUCGAUGAAAGAGGCUGUAUAACUUUUCCAAGCUGGGUCCCCAGAAAAUCGGUGCUCAUUUUCAUUUUAGCCUGCCCUUGAGGUAAUCAAAUUUAGCUUCAUUUAGCAAUUCGGUACAGUAAUUAUGAUUAAGUAUCUCCAGUUUGUCUUGUGCUGGUGAUGGAACGGGCAGCUGAAUUCUUGCCCCUCAUUAUUAUUAUAAGAAAAACUUGAAGGACCCUACACGGGGAGAUUAAGCAUUGCCUUGAGACCUGUGUGCCGCCUGGUGGAUAAAUACUGCAUUGCAACUCAGGAUGUGGAGCAAAGGUCAGGCAUCAGAACCAGGCUGAGGAGUUCCAUGGCACAGUGUACACAGUCAGCCUCCAUUCCAGAGAGUAGGUAGCCGGCAUUUUCUUCAUUUCUGACAGCCUGCACUCAUUAGUAACGAACAGUCAUUCUAAUCACUGUACUCAGGCAGCUUAUUGGUGCCAUAUUCCUGUGGAAGUACUGAUAGUAGCAGUUAUUGUUCUCAAGCCACAUCUCUCACUGAUGAACAACAGCAAAGAUUAUUGGAUGCCAGCAGACUCAGAGUGGGCAUAGAACAAUCUGGAGAUUCUUCGAUGGAUUUGGAUUUCGAUCUUAGUGAAGGGAUAUGAGCGGAAGCAGGGAUUUAUGCCUACCGAGAGGUAGUCCAAAAUGUGGAAGGGUGGCGAAGAAUUUUAUCGGGCUGAUGGCCCAAAGGUGAUCUGCAUUUUCUGUGGCACGUUACUUUUAGAAUGUUUUUAUUUGUUAAGUACAUUUAUGUUUUGAAAGUAUGGAAUUAUUUAAUCCAUUUCUGCCACCACUGUUCUUAAUUCUCUUUAACAGACCCAAUGUUCACAAAAGCAGUCACACGCAUGCCAGACUAACAUAUUCAGUCUUGUUAAAAUGAAAGACCUUUCAUUUUUCACUGUUGCAGUGCAUUCAUAGAAUUGUAGCCUUCUUGGUUAGUAAGCAUGCAGUAAACCAUGAUUGUAAUAUUUUUUGCUUUAAUGAAGUAUUGUUAAGUUUAUAAUUGGUUAUAGUCUCUUCCACAAACAGGAAUCUUACUAUAAGAAUGUUUUCUUUAAAGGCUCUUAGGACCCAUUACUAAAUCGGGAACUAACAAUUCAUUGCUAUGGCAGAGAACAGGAAUCGGUUGGAUUCGAUUAUUUAAUAGGCCUGAAGUACAUGGUGGCUUUGCAUAUUAAGUGUUUAAGUAAAGACUUUCAAAACGGGGAACCAUCAGGCACCAGAGGAAGGCAGGUCUGAAUUCUAAACCUCAGCCACACCACCAUAAAUUUAAUCAAAACUUCUUGGCAUGCAGGUAUUCAAAAAGCAGCUCCGUGUGUAUUUUUGUGUGCUUGUCUACAUCUGUAUAUAAAUUAACAUGUAAAGCCAUAUAAGGAAAAAUCAAAAGGCCUUAAACGGAGCUCGAGACAGAAUCCUGUCAGGCUCUCCACAUUCUUUAUACUAAUACAGAACAGCUAAUCAGAUUGAAGUACUAGAACUUACUGUAUACAACAUCUAAGCUUUAACAAUUUAAAGGAGUGUAUCUUUCUACUUAACUGUUUAAAUAUUAUUAAUAAGAUGUAGUUUACAGCUUUUUUCCACUUACAUAAAUGGUAUAAUAGACGCUUCUUUGAAGUAUUUGAAAAAAGAGUUCAUUUCGUUACGUUUCUUGUUUUACGGUUUUUCUCAUGUUGCGCCUGAGCCUGUGAAUAAUGCUAGUCAGAUUAAAGUACUGAUAGUUUGUUAGUCCAGCUUUCGUACUGUGAUUUAUCAGCCACAAAGGUAUCAGCAGAUUGUUUCAUAUAAUCAAUCAAACCAAUCUUAUCAUAUAUCUUGUGGGGUUGCCAUAUAGUAUAUACAUCUGUAAAUGUCUGUGUUGUCGUAUUUCUCUUUGUUUUUAUGGAUUCACCUGUCAUGUUGUGACAUUGUAGGCUACAGGAUGUCUUGUUAUAUUGCUGUCAGACGUUUUAUAUUUUUAAAAAGUUUUAUUUUUUUAUGUUUCUACUUCAACCACUGGAAAGCCCAAACCACUAAGCGCCUAGUUAGUUUCACUUCUGAGAUGGUCACGGAGUCUCUAUCCGAGCUGCCCAGCAGAUGCUAGAGACUGGCCGGGUCGAGUGCGGUCUGAGCCUUGCCUGACCAUGUGGCAGGACUCUUCCUGGCUGAGGUUUCACAUCGGCUUGAAAUAAAAUCCCAUCCCAGGAGAAGCAGCUGAAAUCAGCCCUGACGUGGUUUUUUUCUUUCAAUGACGUACACUGCUUUCAGACCAUUUCUUUACCAUUGGAUUCAUUUCCACUUGACUGUAAUAUAUACUGUAUAGUAGUGUUAGUCACUUUCUGCUCCAUCCAUGACCAUGUGUGGUGUGUAUUCUUUUCUUUUUUUUUGUUUAGUCUCCUGUCUUAAGUGCUGUGAACGUACUGUUUUCACAAUGUCAGAAUCUAGUGACUGAGUUUUCGAGAUACCUCUUCCUGUUCAACUGCGCUGCUCCAACAUGUGGACUCUCCUGUACCUUCUUGGUGAACGUGGACCUCAGGUGAGGAUAGCCUGUGAAAAGCUUUGACCUGGCUGUAAGUUUCUGAGAGGAAAGAAACGGACAAACUCAUGUGUAGAUGUGGGGGACUGCUGAGGGGGCAGCGAGUCACAAACAUUACUUCACCUUUCUGUAACCUGUCAGCCAAACUGAAGCAGCCUGAGUGUACACAGUGUCCUCAGGGGCCCUUUGCCCAUUUAAAAUAAUUUUCCGAACAGACGGCUGAUUCCUUAGCUUUAUAUGUGAGACAACCGAGGGCUAUGAGCAGACGAGGUGCUGUGUUUCUCCCUCAAGAUGACUUGGUUUAAAGGAAGUGUGCCUUUAUCUAUCGAAUGCUUGAGCUUGAGGGUUUUGUUUUUUUAGUUGAUGUAUUUUGUUCUCUAAAUUGUUACAUCUUGGAAAACUGAAGUUUUGUGCAGCCAAUCAAGAAAUCUUUUUUUUUUUUUUUUGCUAUGGCUUGAUUUCGUUUUGCAAGAAACUGAAGCUGUUGAAAACUUUUUUUUUUUUGUUCUCCUCAAUGUGAAAUGUUUUUAAAAUAACAUAAUACCGGACUGCCGUCAGAAUUUGCGUGAUUUGCUGCUGGUGUUCCCUUGGUUCAGUUAACUCGGGGGUGCCACUAAUGUCUGUAGGUUUUCAUUCCCAAAUGAACACAUUUUUGGCUUAACUGGAGCAUCUGCAUGCCAACACCUGUUGCUGGGCUGCUUUUUGCUCUGCAGUACUAGAGUUGGGCACCACUGGGUUAACUUUGCUUUUGAAUUCUGACUUUGAUGCUGUAUUUUGUUAUUGAUUGGCUCCGUAACUCGUUGAUGCCAAAACACAUCCAAGGCAGUGGUGAAAUGCAUCAGGUGCCAUGCUGCCAUUAGUGUUGGAUUCAUAAAGAGAUUGGGAGAUGCUCUGCUCAUAAAUGAACAUGUGAAUUUGUAAUUACAUGUUUUGUAAAUGUAAGCCUCUAUGUUUGGGUGGCAUAUUAUGGGUUAAAGAGCUGAAACUGAAAAUGUGGGGAAAGGCUAUUGGUUAUUUUUUAUUUCUAAUAUGUAUAAUAUCUGUCAAGCAUCUAAAUGAGAUCUGUCUGCUUAAGUACUGAAGUUAAUGUCAAUCAAGUGAACAUAUUGAAGACGACUGUUACGUGCUCCAACCAUCAUGAUCUGCAUGUUGAUUUUUUUAUUUUUUUGCACGUGCCUGUUGUAACUCAUUUGUAGUCCGGCAUAUUGGAAUGUUACGUAAAUGUAAUAAAACUUAUGUCACUUCA